AUAAUGGAACAGUAAAAACGGUGGUCAGAUGGCAACGCUGUCAUUUUCAUCAAAAAAAUCACAAGAUGCUCCAUGUUUUUUCCGCUAACAAUUUGCUUUAGUAAGAUUCUGGCACUGUGGAGGAUUUACUCAUACACUCGUUUGCUUAUUUAUUUGGCAAAUAUUUACCGAGUGCUUCUUAAUGAACCAGGCAUUGUGUUAGAUACUGGAGAUACAAGAGUUAAUGAGACAGUUAUGGUUUCUGACUCACAAAGUCAGUGGGGAAUAAGGGGGAGGUGGGUAAUAGAAACGUAAAUACACUGUUACAAUCCAGUGUGAUAGGCCCCAGGACAGGACGCUAGAGUAAUAGGAUUUUGUUGAUUCUUCUUAAAAGUUUCUUUAACUCAAUAGCUUCUUUCACUGCACCGUAAAACAAAAACAAAAACCAAAAAGCCUGCCAUUCAUUUUUGUAAAAUGUUCAUUUUUGCAGGGAGCGCUACAUCUUGACCUCUCACUUUUCAGGUUUCUGGAGAUCUAUAAACGCCCUUGGAUUAUAUCGUAUGGGGAUCCUUAUAUUGUGUUGGGUCCUGAUACUACUGACCCAUAAAAGAUGCUGCAUAAUAGAAAGCAUUAUUCUUUGAUUUUCCCUUAGGAUUUCCAGCUGAUGCCUAAAUGGAUUUUUUUGAAGAAAGAGUAUCUUCAGAGAGCAAAAUGAAGACCCUUCUUAAUGUUACAUGAGAAGCAGUUUCAAAUUUCUAAAGCCAGCUUUUCCUCCUGACCCUUUAAAUCUACAGCUGGGACUACCAGCCUCAUUUUUUAUUUGUUUUCAACUGUGUUCCCACACAGACAUCUGGAGGAUAAAGACCAUUGCCCCGUGUAUUCACCUUUGUAGACCCAGGAAGCACAUAAUAUAAGUUUGUUGAAUGGCUCCAAGAAUUACUGCAGAAAAAUUAUCUUUUCAUAAUUUCCUAUUGCGUUUCUGUCUGGCAUACUCAAAACGUUGCUUUUUAAGCCACUUUAGCCAACCACCAAAAUAGGAGAAGAAAAAAACAAGAAAGCAUGCCGAUCCCUUCAAAGUGACUUAACUAAAGGGAAGAGGCCAAUUCUUUAUUCUGAAACACACGUAGAUUUCGUAUGAAAUCGGAACUCCCCCCUCCAUAUACAGCCAUCGCCAGUCCUGAUGCCACUGGUAUUCCAGUAAUUAACUGCCGCGUGUGCCAGUCUCUCAUCAACUUGGAUGGCAAGCUUCACCAGCAUGUGGUUAAGUGCACAGUUUGCAAUGAAGCUACGCCAAUCAAAAACCCCCCAACAGGGAAGAAAUAUGUUAGAUGCCCUUGUAAUUGUCUCCUCAUUUGUAAGGACACAUCUCGGCGAAUAGGAUGUCCGAGACCUAACUGUAGACGCAUAAUUAACCUUGGCCCAGUAAUGCUUAUUUCUGAAGAACAACCAGCUCAACCUGCAUUGCCAGUCCAACCAGAAGGUACAAGGGUCGUGUGUGGGCAUUGUGGAAACACAUUCCUGUGGAUGGAACUGAGGUUCAACACUCUGGCAAAAUGCCCACACUGCAAAAAAAUUUCUUCAGUGGGUAGUGCGCUCCCACGAAGACGCUGCUGUGCAUAUAUUACCAUUGGAAUGAUCUGUAUUUUCAUUGGAGUUGGAUUAACUGUUGGCACCCAAGACUUUGCAAGGCGAUUUCAUGCAACCUAUGUUUCUUGGGCAAUUGCUUAUCUCUUAGGUUUGAUCUGUCUUAUCCGAGCUUGUUACUGGGGAGCCAUAAGAGUGAGUUAUCCAGAACAUAGUUUUGCGUAAGCUCGCUUAUGAUUCAGUGAUGCAGGUGAGAGUAUCUAGCAGUUCUUGAUAAGCUACUCUGGACAUCUUUAAAUCAUGUAUCCUAAUGGAUCCCAUUCUGGUUUAUGUAUAAAGUUUCAAGACUUUACGAGUAUUUUAUGAACAAAUGCUCAUUGCACUACAUUAUAUGCAAAUAGUUUGUUUUGCUGCUAGGGUUUCAAGCUCCGAAUAAUAAAAACUGUGUCUUCAUCUUCUUUUACAUCUCUUAAAGGUAUUUUUGGAUUUGUCACCAAACAUUACAUAUAACAUCACCCUUUCGUUAUUUUUAAAUCAGUUAUUCCAUUACUUGCUGAUCUGUGAGUAUUCCCAAGGAGUAUUUAUAAAUGUUUCUACAAAAGCUUCACAUUUAUACUCACGUUUUAAUUAAAAAGUGUCAAAAUUGCUUGCUUUAAAAUCUAAGCAAUAUGCAUUUUGCUUGAACUGCUUACUGUAACUUUAACCUAAGAUCAUAGUGACCUUAUUCAGGAAGAACAAUUGAGUGUACCUUCAAAGACUUGACGUUCUUGUCAGAUAAAAACCAUUUCUAGAUACUGUAUGCUUGUUUUUUGUUGUUUGUAGAAAGAUACAAUAUUUUGGUAGUAACUUAAAAUACAAGAAUGAAAAUAUUUAUUUGUCCACAGUUGGAGAUGAUGUUGGAUAAAUGUUUUUUCUCAAAGAUCACAGGAGUUUUGUCUUUCAUUUUUGUCUGCUUUUUUAUUUACUAAUUAUAAAAGUUCUGGUCUAGAUUUAUGAAACUUAAUGUUAAUCAUCUGUAUGUAUUCCUUUAUAGAUGUUGGAGGAAGUAUUUCACAUAACAUGUUUUAUAAAACUAACCAUUUAAACAAAGAUAUAUUUACACUGGGUUGCCCUCCUUUUCAUUAGAUCAUAAUAAAUUUUUCCUCUUUGGGCUAAUUAUGGACUACUUAUAUGAGAAGAGAGCCUAUGACAUUUUACACUAGCUAAAAUGUGAAGAUUAGAGGUAGUUACUCUUAUCAUUCUUUUCAAAUAUAGCUGGUCAGAUAGUUACCCAAUUUAUUCCAGAAAGACAUCAAAGACAAAAAGCAACAUAGUUUUCUAAGAAUUCACUAGGAUUUAAGGAAUCAGCUCUCGCACUGCCUAUCUUUGCAGUUUUGAAAAAGAAAUUGCUUAAUUGAGAAGAAAUGUUCUAAAGCCUUUAAUGUAGUAGAAUUAAGGUGAUGAGAUGAUAUGAGUAAAUUAAUUGGCUAUUCAAGAGGUAAGAAUAAUAAAGUAUUUAUGUUCCUGACUAGUAUGAAAAUGUACUCAUCAGAGAAUUUGGAGCAAAAUACAUGUAAACUUAAAAGAGUAAAUGAUAAAUGUCUAAAUGCCGUAGCUCAGGAUUAUAUGUACCUUUGAAAAUACACUAAUAAAGAUUAUUGUUCAAAUAC